AUGCCACCCAAAAAGCUGAACCGCACAACAUCCCAGCAAGAGAUCCCCUCGUCCGAACUCGAAAAAAUCGCCCAAAAAGGCGAUUCCCCACAGACAAAACUCCAGGAAGCAGCCACCGCCGCCGAACAAGCUCUCGCCGCGCAGAAAACUGCUUCAUCGCUCCGGCAAGCUGCUGCGACACUUAAAGAUCCCGCGAAACGCGAACAGUACCUUACAGACGCGUACAACAAGGAAAUCGAAGCCCAUGGGAAUUCGAAAAAAGCACGCGUCCUUACGUCUGGCGCGUUCCAGGGCGGCGUGGGUGGCGCGGGUAUAGGAGCUGCUACAGCCGCGGGUCUGGGCACGGUGGUGGGCACGCUUGUUGGCACCGUGACUGCGAUACCCGCGACGGCGGUUGGAGGGCUGGCUGGAGUUGCUACAGGAGCAAUGCACGGGCCGUGGAUUAAGUUGGGAAAGAUUGGGAAAGAUGGCAGGAUGGGCGAUGGCAAGGAGAAGACUGAGAAGGGACCUGAGAUGGCGGAGGAUCCGGGCGAGGAUGAGGACAUGGUGCCCAAUCCGGAGGUGUUGAGGGAGGCGGCGGGGAAGAUUGGGAACAUGAAUGGCAGUGCUGGACAAGAGGAGAAGGACACAGACAAAGAGAAUCGAGAGCCGAAGGAGAAGAAGAAACCGAGGAAAUUGGAAGUCAGGAGUAAACAGGCACAAGCUGCCUGA